GUGAUUACAGAAUUUCCUAAUGCUGUUUCCUGUCGAACCGCUAUCAUGUCCUUCAGUCGCAGUGAAAUAAUUUUGUUGCGUCGAUUUAGGCGUUUACUCCUUAAGAGUGCCGAAAUGAUUCGACACCGUUCUAACUCCGUUAUUUCAUGUGGAGCUGGCCGAAGGACAAGUUUCGAUAAUGAACUUUAUGGUGGAGAUGGAAUCGAAGCCGAAAUCGAUGAUCUAACGGCUCCAUUGGCGCAGAUGGCUACAAUAUGUGAGUUAAUUAAUUGUCUAGACUAA